AUGCCGCCUAAAGGAUGGAAAAAAAGCCUCGAGCCUUCGCUGCUCCACGAAGAAGUCGAACUUGUCUCAAUCGACGAUAUUCUCUUCCCCAGAGCCACAAUUGCAAAGUCAAUCAAGUCAAUUUUAGAUACAGAAGACGAGAAAAUGACUCUCUCCAAGGAUUCACUCAUAGCCAUCCAGCGUGCUGCCACGGUGUUUGUUUCACACUUGCAGUUUCAUGCACGGCUGAUAGCCAAACACAACAAUAGAAAGAAUGUCUACGCGUCCGAUAUACUAGCGGGAAUGGAGUAUGCUGGAUUUGCUGGAUUUGUUCCAAGGGUCAAGCAGCUUCUUGCCACCUACGAGGAAGACGUGUCUGCUACGCGAAGAAAGAAGGCCGUCGAGAAGGAGUCGGGGGUCAAGCUGGAGCCAGAGCCUGUGGCCAAAAAGGCCAAGGUUGAUCCUGCCGAAGAGCCUCUGGAGGACAUUUUGGAUGAGAUUGUGGACGAGUCAGAUGACGACGAUGAGGUUGUAGAGGUCGUUGAGGAUGCCGAGGCUAUGGUCGUAGAUGAGAACGAUGAAGAGGACGAGGGCGACGAUGAGGAUGAGGAAGAUGCUACGAAGAAGAAUCCGAUUGCUCUUCUCAAUAAGGAAGAGAAGGAGUUGGAGGGUGUCGAGCCAGAAGAGCCGCAACAGGAGGCUGAUAGCGAAGAUGAGUCGUCGUGA